AUGUUUCAACCAGGGUCUUCCCCCGUGGAUCUUUUCCAUCGAGACGGCCAGGCAGAUCUGAAGCUCGAGACCGUUCGGAAACCCGUUGACCUGGCUGACCUGGCUGACCUGGCUCCAUCCGUUUCGUUUGAGUUUCUAGAGCUUUGGGAGCAAUACACCUUUUCCACUCGGGAGAUUGUUCAGGAGGUUCCAUCCAUGGCAGUGGAGAGGAACUUUAUCGUGCAAGUUCUGCUGCAACUCACAUCUUUUCCAACCACGUUUUCAGAUUGGAAUAACUAUGAGGCUUGUGCCUUGCAGGAGCUGGAAGCUGGCCCUAAAGGCACCGUAUUGGAGUCUUUGUCGGAGGAUCGUGCAGAACUUCCAGAGGGAGAAGCACGAGAGGUAGUUCUGGAGUGCGGAAAGAUGAUUGACUCGUAUGGCUUGAGUCUCAUAAUUCGCGACCCAGGAGAAAGCAAAGAGCUCAUCAGUGCCUCAGUGCUGCGGGUAAAGCGCUUGCCAGAGGGCUGCCACAUCAGUGAUGAUAUGGAAGAGCCCUCGGUGCAAUGUACCGUGGACCUAGAAGUGGUACUGGAAGCUGGAGCUUUGGAGGCUGUGGCCUACAUUGAGUCCAUAGCGGUUUCAAGACCUUGGCGCGGUGCUGGCCUGGCCUCUCGAUUGUUGAAUUUUAUGGAGGACAAGGCACGUGCCUGGGGUUUGCGCCUAAUCGCCCUGCAUGUACAUCGAGAUAAUUGGUCGGCCCUUCGAUUCUACGAGAAGAAGGGCUUUGAGGUCACGUCGGACUGGCUUGGAUGGGGUGACAAGUUCUUCCUGCUUCUGAAGCCUUUGGAAAAUUGA